CCAGUGAUUCGUUUUAAUCGCUGAAUGUGAUCAUAGUAAUAACCUAAGCACGCAAAAAUGUGAAAUGGCCCUUUUCGUUAUAGCAGGAAAAUGUGACUGUCCGUUUUAUGCACGAAUCGAACUUUUGGCGGACAAACUGUCACUAAAUCUGCCCAGUUUUAGAGUUACAAAGAUAGUUAAACAGCCUCAAGAUUGGAAAGAAUUCACGAAAUGGAUCACAGAAAAGCACGGUUGGUUUGUGGAAGAGUCACCUGUUGUAUGGAGAGAAUUAGUGGAUCAGGGAGGAAAAGGAAUUUUAAUUGGAGGCGCGAACGAAUUUCAAGAGUUAGUUGCUGCUUAUUACGGUGAACAAAUCUCAAUACGUACGGAUGAAAUGUUGAAUAUCAUGAAGAAAAACAUCAAAUAUAAGAUCCAAGAAGAUCAAGAGCAACAAAUGAAGAUCAUUAACACACCAUCCCCAUCAAAUGUGGUAGUUAUUGGUGCAGCUGGACUUGGUACUGGUGAUUUUCUGGCUAGUAUAUUAAAUGGGAAGGUUUUCGGUGAUGAGAUGAUAGAGUUGUACUUAAGUGAUGAAGUCAAAAAUAAAAAUAAAUUGUUCGAACUGCGAGAAGUGCUCGAGGAAGCAGCUCUUCCUAAACUUAGUAGAGUACACAUUAGUGACGAUGUUGAUGAAUGUCUGACACACGCAAAGCAAGUCGUCAUUCUAGAUGUUAUCCCAAGAAAAGGUCCUAGUUUUUCAGACAUCAGGAUACAAGAUGAGUGGGAACCAAGAAGUGAGUGGUUAAUACGACGUUUUUUAUAUUUUGACAAACUUGGACAAAAAAUGAAAGAAAAAUGUCCGAAAUCUGUCAGAGUCCUAUUAGCUGGAAACAUAGAAGCAGAUACAUUUCUCAUGGAAAUGACCACGCCUAUAUGUUUUGACGUGACAACACUUCACAGAAGAACGAAAGGAAAGAUACCGCCAGAACAAAUAGUUGGUCUAGUAAAGCCACUUGAAUUGAAAGUAAAAGCUGCUGUGGCUAGACACCUGAAAGUCCACACAUAUGAUGUCACUGAUGUCGUAAUUUGGGGGAACUUGGGGAGUUCAGUAUUUUUAGAUUUAUCUCGUUCUUGUGUAUCUUGCAGAAGACACUUUGAUGCGGGUGUCGUCGGCGGAAGCCACAUUCGGCUUCCAGCCUUGAGUGUAGCUGAGAACCCACAGUGGUUACACAAAGAACUACUGAAUGAACUAAAGAAAGAAAACAGCACUAGAAAAUCUGAGUAUAUAGGACUACUCCACGAAAAUGCUAUGGCUGAGUGCUUAAAAGAAUGCUGGAACAGUAACCAAAGCCAACCUAACCAAACUACUUCACUUGUUAUGAUAUCAAGAGGCUGGUAUGGCGUACCGGAAGGGACUGCAUUUUCGUUCCCUGUUAUGUGCGGCUCCUACGGAUAUUGGUGGGUUGUGGAAGAUAUGCCUCUUACGCCAGAAGUUGAAACUCAGUUGAAAACAUCCAUUCGAAGUGUCCUCGAAGAUUGGGCAGUUGUUGAUCCCUUACCAUUGGAAGACUUUUUAAAAAAAGAACAAAAACCCAAAUAUAACUAUAAUGAAUAUCAGGCAGAAAAUAAUGAAGAGAAUUAAAAAGCAACUGGAUAAAGACAACAAAACAUUGCAUUUUGCGAAAUAAUUAGAACAAAGAAAUAUUCACCAUACACAAAAAAAGAUUAGCUUGGUAAACAAAAAAUAAGAACUGUUAUAAAGAGACAAUAAACUACAAUAAAUAGAACAUGUUUAAAAGAGGCUUA